AUGGAGUUUCUGGCUGCUUAUAUUCCCCCGCAGCUCCAAUCUGCCAUGGAGCCCCUGGAGCCCCAUGCCCCAUUGCUUGGUGUCGCGCUCGUCUCAAUUGGCGCGGUCUAUCUGGGUUGCAUCUACGUCCUGAGCAGCAGAGAAGCUGCUGUGCCAUUUAAUGUCCCGAUUCCAUCAGAAGUGAAAGUUAAGGGGGGAAGUAAAAAGUGGGAGGAUGCCCAAGGCGAGGAGAAGCGGGUGUUGGAGGGACAGGCUAGAGGGCAAUGGAACGAUAAAUUGAUUAUGAGCUACUGCCCCGCCGAUGGAAGAGUGCUAGGAAAUGGAACAAAGCCGGCUACCAUUGAAGAUGUCAACCAAAAGAUCGCAGCGGCAAAGAAAGCGCAGACUGAAUGGGCCAAUACUACAUUUGCCGAAAGAAGGAAGGUCCUCAAGACCUUGCUGAAGUACGUUCUGGACCAUCAAGAUGAGAUCGUCACCGCUUGCUGCUUGGAUUCGGGCAAAACAAAAGUCGAUGCUUCCUUUGGAGAAAUUCUUGUGACGGCAGAGAAGCUGAAAUGGACCAUCGAUCACGGCGAAAAGGCAUUGACAGCGGAACGUCGACCCACGAAUUUCCUCAUGAUGUAUAAGAAGAACAUGGUCACCUAUGAACCCCUGGGGGUUAUUUCGGCCUGUGUCUCGUGGAACUAUCCGUUCCAUAACUUCAUUGGACCGGUAAUCAGUGGUAUCUUUGCGGGCAAUGGUGUCGUGGUGAAACCUUCUGAGCAGACAGCUUGGUGCACGUCAUACUUCCUGGAAGUGGUCAGAGGCGCUCUCUCAAGCUGCGGCCACUCUCGUGAUCUUGUCCAGACUGUCGUGUGCCUUCCAGAAGUUGCUGAUGUUCUUACCUCCCACCCGGAUAUUGCCCAGCUGACAUUUAUCGGUUCCCGGCCUGUGGCGCACAAAGUGUGUGAAUCUGCUGCCAAAUCAUUGACCUCGGUGACCGUUGAAUUGGGUGGAAAGGAUCCCGCUGUCAUUCUUGAUGAUUCGAGAACAGCAGGUGAGGUGGCAGAUAUUGCUUCUAUUCUCAUGCGUGGUGUUUUCCAAUCUGCCGGUCAAAACUGUAUCGGUGUUGAACGUGUCAUUGCUCUUCCUGGUGUCUACGAAAAGCUCCUGGACAUCAUCACCCCUCGCAUCAAAGCGCUUCGUCUUGGCUCAAUCCUUCUGGAUUCAAACACCCCAGAUGUUGGUGCCAUGAUCUCCCCGGCUUCUUUUGACCGUUUGGAAUCUCUCAUCGAGGAUGCUGUGAAACAAGGUGCACGCCUCAUCUGCGGUGGAAAGCGUUUCAACCACCCAAACCACCCCCACGGCCAUUACUUCACACCAACCCUGAUUGCCGACGUGACACCUUCCAUGCGAAUUGCUCAAACCGAAUGCUUUGCUCCAGUCUUUGUAGUGAUGCGCGCUUCGUCUGUACCCCACGCCAUCACCAUCGCAAACUCAACCGAGUUCGCCCUUGGCGCUAGCGUCUUCGGAUACAACCAACGUGACGUCGCAGCCUGUGUGUCUGGAAUCAAAGCAGGCAUGGUUUCUGUGAACGACUUUGGCAGCUACUAUGCCGUCCAGCUGCCCUUUGGCGGUACCAAGGGAUCGGGAUAUGGUAGAUUUGCCGGUGAAGAGGGACUGCGUGGCGUGUGCAACCUCAAGUCAGUCUGUGUUGAUCGCUUCCCCAAAUUGGCGGCCACCAGAAUCCCGCCCAGAGUGGACUACCCGAUCCAGAAGGGGGAUGAUGCUAAGCAGAACGGCACUGGAGCUUGGGAGAUGUGCAAGGGUGUUGUUGAGACCGGAUAUCAGUUGACGCUGGCCGGUAGGAUCAGCGGAAUACUGAGACUCUUGAAGAAUAUGUGA